GUUUGUUUGUUCCUUUUUAAUCAAUGUUUGACAAAAUUAAAACUAACAAACAGCACGAAAACCCGAAACAUGACGAAGUGAAGUGUGAAAGUAAUCUGACAGAGACUCUCUCUAAGAUGAAAUCAUGCAGCACGGUGCAGCCGACCUGUCCAGGACCUAAAGUAAUAAAUGAUCCUUGUUAUAAAUGUGAAGAAGGCUGGGAGCAACAUGGAGGAAAGUGCUAUUACUUCUCCAUCAGUAAAUCAUCCUGGAAACAGAGCAGAGAUGAGUGUAGAGCUAAAGGAGGAGACCUGGUUAAGAUAGACAGCAGAGAGGAGCAGUUCUGGAUCGGACUGACAGACUCAGCAGUCGAGGACAGAUGGCUUUGGGUGGACGGAUCACCACUGGAUCAAAAGUUUAAUUUUUGAAGUUUUGGUGGGGCAAUGACCCAGACAAUUGGAAAGGGCGUAAUGGUGAACAUCCUGAUGGAGAGGACUGUGCGAGGAUGGGAG